GACCUGGUUGCAAGGAACAGCAUGGCAGCCCGGCCUAGUCCGGGCUACUCGGGCCAACAACAGACGCUGACACCAGUGUGGUGGACGGUUGAAAGCAUUUAUUAUCUUAUCUCAUGGGUUUAAAUAGUCUUGGGGGACUUUGCUACGCCAGGGGGGUUUGGUAGGGUCUCUAGAGUUAGUCAGGAGUGGAAAACUACUGGGUUAGGUGUGGUUACAUUCUCUGGGGAAAUAGAUAACCUGCUGCACGAGGAGAGGGGGAAGGGGUCUUUCUUUCCGUCACAUCCCAAAAUCUUCCGUCCGCCUGUCCCUAUCUACUACAACCGAGUAGUAUUUAUAUUGCACUAUGGAGUUUAUGUCACGUUGGUCUAUUCCACAUACCUUUCCCCUCCCUGCUAAGCCUUGGGUGUGGUGGUCUUUCCCUGACCUGCUCUCCCCUCCCCCUCUCCUCACCUGUGUCCCAUUGGAUGUGGCUUCUUGGUUCCUCCCCACCCCUUUUUCUCUGGGCUCAAAACCCCCCUGGAUGACACCUUCAGUCUUUUUUUCUUCCGGACACCACCAGACACCUCAAUCUCUGUUACCCCUGAGGCAUCACCUGGGUCUGAGGUGGCUCCUAAUAAUAAACAGAAUUUGAGUCUCGAAGAGAAGAGCACUUCCCAUCUUUUAUCUUUGUCCAUGUAGGAUUCCCCACCCCGUGCUCAGAGGGGAUCAGGGGAUUCUUGCAGCUGGUGCCUAAUGUGGGGCAUGAACCCGUGACCCUGAGAAUAAGAGUCUCAUGCUCUACGCAGUAUCUACUACUGUCGGUUCAUGUACUGGACAGACUGGGGAGAAGCGCCGAAGAUCGAACGAGCUGGGAUGGAUGGUUCAAGCCGCUCCAUUAUCGUUAACACAGACAUAUAUUGGCCAAACGGUCUGACGUUGGAUUAUGAGGAACAGAAGCUCUAUUGGGCAGAUGCUAAACUGAAUUUCAUCCACAAAUCAAAUCUGGAUGGAAGUCAUAGGCAAGCAGUGGUUAAAGGCUCCCUUCCACAUCCCUUUGCUUUGACACUGUUUGGGGACACGUUGUACUGGACUGACUGGAACACACAUUCGAUCUUGGCCUGCAGCAAGUACUCUGGGGAGGACCUGCGUGAAAUACAUUCCAACAUCUUCUCUCCCAUGGACAUCCAUGCCUUCAGCCAGAAGAGGCAGCCAAAUGCUACAAAUCCAUGUGGAACUAAUAAUGGUGGCUGCUCCCAUUUGUGUUUGAUGUCUCCUACCAAGCCCUCUUAUCAGUGUGCAUGUCCCACUGGUGUGAAACUUCUUGAGAAUGGAAAGUCCUGCAAAGAUGGUGCUACUGCGCUGCUGCUCCUGGCCCGUCGGACGGACCUGAGGCGCAUUUCCUUGGACACCCCCGAUUUCACAGACAUCGUGCUGCCGCUGGAGGACAUCCGCCACGCCAUUGCCAUUGACUUUGAUCCUCUGGAAGGAUACAUCUACUGGACGGAUGAUGAAGUGAGGGCCAUCCGACGCUCCUUCCUUGACGGCUCGGACAGCCAGUUCGUGGUCACCGCUCAGAUCGCACACCCUGAUGGCAUUGCUGUGGACUGGGUGGCCCGCAACCUGUACUGGACGGACACCGGCACAGACCGCAUCGAAGUCACCAGGCUUAAUGGGACCAUGAGGAAAAUCUUGAUAUCAGAAGACCUGGAAGAACCCAGAGCUAUUGUGCUGGAUCCCAUGGUUGGGUACAUGUACUGGACUGAUUGGGGAGAAAUCCCAAAGAUUGAGAGGGCAGCACUGGAUGGCUCAGACAGAAUUGUGCUGGUGAACACCUCACUUGGCUGGCCAAAUGGGUUGGCACUGGAUUAUGCAGAAAGCAAAAUAUACUGGGGCGAUGCCAAAACAGACAAAAUAGAGGUCAUGAAUGCUGAUGGAACUGGUAGGAGAGUCCUGGUGGAGGACAAGCUGCCUCAUAUAUUUGGAUUCACUCUGUUGGGAGACUACAUUUACUGGACAGACUGGCAAAGGCGCAGCAUUGAGCGUGUGCACAAGUGCACGGCAGAGAGAGAGAUCAUCAUCGAUCAGCUACCUGAUCUGAUGGGCCUGAAAGCCACCAACGUACACCAGAUCAUUGGUACAAACCCCUGUGCAGAAGACAACGGUGGCUGCAGCCACCUAUGUCUGUACCGACCGCAAGGCCUUCGCUGUGCCUGCCCCAUUGGCCUGGAGCUCAUCAGCGACAUGAAGACCUGCAUCGUGCCAGAAGCUUUCCUGCUCUUUUCCAGGAGAGCAGACAUCAGGCGCAUCUCCCUAGAAACCAACAAUAACAACGUUGCUAUUCCGCUCACUGGGGUCAAGGAAGCUUCUGCUCUGGAUUUUGAUGUGACAGACAAUCGCAUUUACUGGACUGACAUUUCACUGAAGACCAUCAGCAGAGCAUUUAUGAAUGGCAGUGCGCUAGAACAUGUUGUGGAGUUCGGCUUGGAUUAUCCUGAGGGCAUGGCUGUGGACUGGCUGGGGAAGAACUUGUACUGGGCUGACACUGGCACAAACCGGAUCGAGGUGUCCAAGCUGGACGGCCAGCACCGCCAGGUGCUUGUGUGGAAAGACCUCGACAGUCCCCGGGCACUGGCACUCGACCCUGCUGAGGGGUUCAUGUACUGGACUGAGUGGGGUGGCAAGCCAAAGAUUGACAGAGCUGCUAUGGAUGGCAGUGAGAGGACCACAUUGGUGCCAAAUGUGGGACGUGCUAACGGCCUGACCAUUGACUACACCAAGAGGCGCCUGUAUUGGACGGACCUGGACACCAACCUGAUAGAGUCCUCCAACAUGUUAGGCCUUGACCGUGAGAUCAUAGCUGAUGAUUUGCCUCACCCCUUUGGCCUGACCCAGUACCAGGAUUACAUUUAUUGGACAGACUGGAGCCGGCGCAGCAUCGAACGAGCCAACAAGACCAGUGGCCAGAACCGAACCAUCAUCCAGGGCCACCUGGAUUACGUUAUGGACAUCCUGGUCUUCCACUCCUCCCGGCAGGCAGGCUGGAACGAGUGUGCCUCCAGCAAUGGGCACUGCUCUCACCUGUGCCUGGCAGUCCCCGUGGGAGGGUUUGUCUGUGGCUGCCCAGCUCACUAUUCCUUGAACUCUGACAACAGGACCUGCAGUGCUCCUACCACCUUUCUGUUGUUCAGUCAGAAGAACGCGAUUAAUCGCAUGGUGGUAGAUGAGCAACAGAGCCCAGAUAUCAUACUCCCCAUCCACAGCCUCCGCAAUGUCCGAGCCAUUGAUUACGAUCCCCUGGAUAAGCAGCUCUACUGGAUUGACUCUCGGCAGAACAUCAUCCGGAAGGCACAGGAAGAUGGCAGCCAGAGCCUCACUGUUGUGACAAGUCCAGUUCCCAAUCAGAAUCUGGAUAUGCAGCCCUACGACCUGAGCAUUGACAUCUACAGCCGCUACAUCUACUGGACCUGUGAGGCCACCAAUGUCAUCAACGUGACUCACCUGGAUGGGAGACCCAUGGGAGUUGUGCUCAAGGGGGAUCAGGAUAGACCCAGAGCCAUUGUGGUGAAUCCAGAGAAAGGAUACAUGUAUUUCACCAACCUCCAGGAGAGAUCUCCUAAAAUUGAGAGAGCAGCAUUGGAUGGAACUGAGCGAGAAGUCCUUUUUUUCAGCGGUUUGAGCAAGCCCAUCGCCUUAGCUGUUGAUGGCCAGCUGGGCAAGUUGUUCUGGGCUGACUCAGAUCUGCGCAGAAUUGAAAGCAGUGACCUUUCAGGUGCUAACCGGAUUGUUUUGGAAGACUCCAAUAUCUUGCAGCCUGUGGGACUAACUGUCUUUGAGAACUGGCUGUACUGGAUUGACAGGCAGCAGCAGAUGAUUGAAAAGAUUGAUAUGACCGGUCGAGAAGGACGUACAAAGGUCCAGGCUCGUAUUGCACAACUCAGUGACAUCCAUGCUGUGAAGGAGCUCAACCUGCAGGAAUACAGACAGCAUCCGUGCUCUCAAGAUAAUGGCGGCUGCUCGCAUAUUUGCAUUGUGAAGGGGGAUGGCUCUACUCGCUGCUCUUGCCCCGUGCACCUGGUGCUGCUGCAGGAUGAGCUGUCCUGUGGAGAACCACCAACAUGCUCCCCUCAGCAGUUCACCUGUUUCACAGGUGAGAUUGACUGCAUCCCGGUGGCCUGGCGCUGCGAUGGGUUCACUGAGUGUGAAGACCACAGUGAUGAGAAGAACUGCCCAUUGUGCUCUGACAGCCAGUUCCAGUGUGAGAGUGGGCAGUGCAUAGACAGUGCCUUGCGCUGCAACGGGGAAGCGAAUUGUCAGGACAACUCAGAUGAGAAGAACUGUGAAGUGCUGUGUUUAACAGAUCAGUUCCGCUGUGCCAGUGGGCAGUGCAUCGGGAAAAGCAAGAAGUGUGAUCACAACCUGGACUGCAGUGACAGCUCUGAUGAGCAAGGAUGUUACACAACAGAGGAACCAGCACCACAGCCCAACAACACCAUAGGCUCCAUCAUUGGUGUGAUCCUUACAGUCUUUGUAGUGGGAGCAAUGUACUUCAUCUGUCAGAGGGUGCUGUGCCCACGCAUGAAGGGCGAUGGGGAAACCAUGACCAAUGAUUACGUGGUGCACGGACCAGCCUCGGUACCUCUAGGCUAUGUGCCUCACCCAAGCUCUCUGUCAGGGUCUCUCCCUGGUAUGUCUCGAGGUAAAUCUGUCAUCAGCUCCCUCAGUAUUAUGGGAGGGAGCAGUGGCCCACCCUAUGACAGAGCCCAUGUUACAGGAGCCUCCUCCAGUAGUUCUUCAAGUACCAAAGGCACUUACUUUCCUCCAAUUUUGAACCCACCACCAUCACCAGCUACUGAACGUUCACACUAUACCAUGGAAUUUGGUUAUUCUUCAAACAGCCCAUCUACUCAUAGAUCCUACAGCUACCGGCCCUACAGCUACCGGCAUUUCGCACCGCCCACGACGCCCUGCAGCACGGACGUGUGCGACAGUGACUACGCCCCGAGCCGCCGGGUCCCCGCAGCCGCCACCAAGGGCUACAGCAGCGACCUCAACUACGACUCGGAGCCGGUGCCGCCGCCGCCCACGCCGCGUAGCCAGUACCUGUCUGCCGAGGAGAACUGCGAGAGCUGCCCGCCGUCCCCCUACACCGAGCGCAGCUACUCGCACCACCUGUACCCGCCGCCGCCGUCCCCCUGCACCGACUCCUCCUGAGGAGCAGCCCUGCGCUCCGCGCCCUCUGCUCUGCGCUGUAAAUACAGAAGGUUCUGCUGGGGAUGGGAGGAGGGGGCCGAGCAAGGAGGAGGACAGUGUACAGUUAAAUGUGGGGUGGAGGAGCAUUGAAGAUAUUUGUACAGAAGAAUUU